AUGUGGCAAGCAUUAAAGUUGAAAUUCCAAGGCAGCGUCUCUAUGAUCAAAAGCAAGAAAGCCCUGAUCAAGAAAGAGUUCGACAUCUUUACCGGGAUGAAGGGUGAAACAACGAAGCAGUUGAUUGAAUGUUAUUGCCAUCUUGUGGUAGAGAUGAAAAGAUUGGAGAUUACAAAGACAAACGAGGAAUGGAUCAACAAGUUGUCCGACGCAUUACCUUAUGAUGAAUGGGGGACAUACUUGAUGAUGUUGAAAAACAACUCGGAUUUCGUGAAUUUGAAUCUCAGUUCAUUUAUCGAAAAGAUAGAGGCUCAUGAGUUGGAGAUGUUGAAGAUAAAGAAGAUGAAUUCAGCGAAUGUGCAGCAAGACGUAUCUCUUUACUAUAAAGGAAGCACUCCUAUUGCAACAAAUCAAAGUCCAAAGAUACAAACGGGUUUUAGUGUUGAUACAAAUUCAAGUGCUUCUACAAACACUCCACAAUCAAACAAGCCCUCACCAUUUGUGAACUAUGAUCCAAACUUCAAAGCUCAACAGCAGCCUUCACCUCAAAGCUCUACAAGUUCCAACAAUCAGGAUUACGUUUCUGGGGUGCAGUGCAACAUCGCGGUGAAUAUUAAGAAUGGAAAUGAAAUUACUGAAACAGCCGCAAAACAACACAUUGCUUUACUUGCGUCCGUUUUAGAGGCGUAUGAAGGUUUAGUGGCGGGUAGGAUCGUUAGAAGGGCACAACACUUUGUGGAGAUCACAGGCAGAAACAGUCUCUCAGGUCCUGAUCAAAAGCUAGGUUUCGGCAUAUCAAAAGUUACCUGCUUUAAACGUAAAGAACGUGGCCAUUUCAAGAGAGAAUGCCCGAACCGUGAAGUGAACAACCAUCAGAACCCGUUCACAAACGACUAUUACAGGCAGGCGAUCUAUCAUAGACCUAACCAACAACCUGCUGUUCAGAGGCCGCAAAUCGAAAACAAACCGGAGAAGGCUCUUAUCGUGAAUCAAGAUGAUGAAAAAGUAGCUGAAGGUUUCACUUGGGAUAAAUACAUCCAUGGAAGCGAUGGACAGGCCAUGAUGGCUGAAAUAGUUGAAGUACCGGAGAUGGUGACUGAGCCAGAGAUGGUUGUUGAAGAUGUUCCUGUUGAUAAUGUGGUUGAUAUUGAAGAAAUCGCUGUAGAAUUUUACUAUUACCAGUCAGAACAGGAGGUAUUGGCAAGUUCUAUGAAAUCAAUAAUGCCUCCUAAAGUGUUUGAAUCUUUUGUAGGUUAUUUCGAAGAACCUACGACUGGAUCGUGUCCAAGAUACGAGGAAAAGAAAGAAGUUGUCGAGGAAAUGAUAGACGUGACAAAGGAGUUGACUGGAGAGAUAUUGAAAGAUAUCGCUGACAAAGCUCUCAUGGGAAAGCUAAAAGAGGUAGACUCAGAACUCGAGAAGUCAGAGUCUGUCAGUACCGUGUCAGUCAAACAGGAGUCAGAUCAGAAAUCUGGAGUUCAGGAGGUCAAAGUGUCUAAGUCUGAGUUGAAAAAUGUCGGUAAACAAGAUGUGAAAAUUGUGUGUGAUGAACAGGAUGAUUUGCCCGAAAGCAUUGAUGUUACAUUCUCAGCAUCCGACACCGACAACGAAUCACAGGUCAUCAAAACCGUUGUCGAUCAGGUGUUAGAUGAGGAGAGUGAUAACUCUGAAAAGUCUCAAUCUGAGAAAUCUGUUAGUGAGUCUGAAGAUGAGGGUAAUUUCUUGGAUCGGUUCAUACCGAAAUCGGAUAAGAGUGCGAAUGAUGAUUCGAUUAUGGUGGGGCUGCCCAGGUCUAUCCUUUCGAAGUGGAUCAUCGAUAGUGGUGCAUCGAGACAUAUGACAGGGACGCUAGCUCUUCUUUACGACGUCAAAUCAAUAAAUGGAAGUUAUGUGGGCUUCACCGGAAAUCAAGGCGGGAGAAUUGUUGGACAAGGAACGUUGACGAACGGUGUCAUUUCAUUCGAGAAAGCGAACUAUAUCGUAGAAUUGGAAAACAAUUUACUUAGCAUUUUGCAAAUAUGUGAUAAAUCUUCCAGUGUACACGUCACAAAUACAGAGUGUGUGGUUUUAAAAUCAGGGUUUAAAAUCCCUGAUGAGAUGGUGUUGUUGCGCGCUUCGCGGGAGAACGACCUGGUUCAAAUGUGGUAUUUGAUCCACUUCACAACAGUUGUUGUGAUUUUGAUGUGCAAAAGAAUUCAGAAUUGGCUUAGCAGCAUUCUGGAGUUCAUGAGUCGGAUUCCUAUUCUGAAAGCUUUGACCGAUCAACAUCCUUUAUACAAGUCACACAUUAAACGUUUCUGGAAGCAUUCAAAGUAUGACGAGGAAAACAAAGCAAUUCAUUCAAUCGUGAAGGUGCAUAAUGAAAAGAAGGAAAUUGUUGUUACUGAGGCACUUAUUCGUGAGGUUGUGAAUUUUCCGGAUGAUGCAGAGUCGCCAACAAAGUUUCCAGAACGGAAGUCAUACCAAGGGAGGGUACGAUACAAUGCGCGAUUAUCAGAUGAACAUGGUCACUACAUUGGUGUUGAACAAGAAAUAUAA